AUGGUUCCUCCCUGGAGAGCGCUACACAGCUGGAAUAUCAGAGUCGAGAAAGACCCUGACAAUGUUACGGUAUUACCAGACUGUGCGGCAAAGCUUCGCGACCAGCUUCUCAAUUUUGACAAUGCAGUCCCAAAAGACGAGGUAAUAAUCCGUCAAACUGUUAGCGUUACCACUGUUGAGAACAUUCUGCUUGAGCUCUAUCCUAAUGAAUCUGCUUAUUGCGAUUCAGGCCAUAAAGCAUAUGCAGCCAGAUGGAUGGCAGCCAAGGAAUUGCAGGAUAGGGCUCGAGGGUUCAGUAGGGAUCAGCGCGAUUCAGAGGAGACCUGGCAAUACUUUAUGACCGGUACCGUGUUUAAUGAAAUCAACCAGAGAUUAUCCUCGAGUACCAAGAAGACAUUUACUAACGCUAGGGAAAUUCGGGGCAAUUUCGGCGAAGACAUGAACAAACCAGCGCCUGACGUCUGUGUGGGUCUCAGCUUGUAUCACAAAAAAGAUCUCACCUCCUUGAAGGGCACCGAACGCCACGAAGCAGGCAUUGUCUAUUUCGAAGAAAGUGAAAUAAGUCGCCUUCAGACGGCAGGUGGCGGAAAUUUGGUUUGUCAGCCCAUUGUCAGCCAGAAAAGUUUUGCUUUUCCCUGGCUAGUCGCCGAAUUUAAAAAAGAGUUGGGGGACACCGAUGAAGUAUUGAGACAAGCUGCGAACGGUAGCCAUACUUGUUUCAAACUCCUUGAGAGACUGGCAGAUCGGGCGAAAAAGGAAGCACAACCAUUUGUCGCAAUGACAACAGUCGGCCCAGAGAUGAAAUUGUUCAUAAUGCAUAAACGUGGUCGGGAAUAUACUGACCACUGGUAUUGUAGUGACUCUGGGGGCCACAGUAGCCCCUACUCAGACAAUGGGCUAGAAUCGCUAAGUAGCGACAAUUCGAACAACAGAACAAGUCCAGAUGCGUCCGAAGUUCCUGACCCUGUACCUGCGGGAUUUGGUCCUGGUCGUCAAUCACCUGAGAGAACCGACCCCGAAACCCCGACUAGACAACGGCAACGAAGCGGCUUUUCCAACGACAGACGAUCUCAGGAUGCCCCUAGUCUAUUUGGGUCUGCAUCUAGAUUUAGAACCAGCAGAAUAGAUGACGAGAGGAUUUCUCCGACGAACGUAGGCGGAUUUGGUGCAGACGUCAGACGCAAGGAAAAAGAAGAGCUUUCUCGAAAUCGCCCAACCAGCGCUGGCGCUUCCGACACGCAGCCUUCGACGAACACAAGACUUUUCGGCAGUCCACCUUCUGCAAGCACCAAGGUCGUGGAGAAGCAGCCAUCUCCAAAUGAUAGUAACUCAGACAGGCAAGGAUCUCCACCAACGGGUAUGUUUGGCUUUGGAGGCCCAUCUUUUGGGUUUGGCCAUUCUCCCCGUGGCUUUGGCAGUUCAGCUUUUGGUACAGGGUUUGGCCUCUCAUCGAACCCAUCUCGUCACUCUAAAACCCCACCUGUUGUUCCCGCUGGUAGUUCUGCGACUUCGUCGUUUGCGCCUGGCAAUCCAUCUCAAGACUUGAGAAGUUCAUCUGCUGGUGCUUUUGGUGGCUUCGUAGGCCCAUCGUUUGGCUCUGUUGAUCCACCCCAAGGCUCUGGCAACUCAUCGUCUGGCUCUGGAAAUCCAUCUAGAGUUGACGUUGGCGGCUUUGGCGGCUUUGGCAACUCGCCUUUUGGCACAGGGUUUGGCCGCUCAUCUUCUGGCUCUGGGAAUCCAUCUGUCGUUGCAUCUGGUGGCUUUGGUAGCCUACCUCUCGGCUCUGGCAAUCAAUCCUCUGGUGCUAGAAAUCCAUCUGUUGUCUUUGGUGGCUCUGGCAACCCAUCGGCUGGUUCUGGGAAUCGAUCUAGUGGUGAAUUUGGCGGCGUUGGCAGCUCAUUGUCUCAUUCUGGGAAUCUACGUGGCGACCUGAAAGAGCCAUCUGUUGUCAUAUCUGGUGGCUUUGUCAGCUCAAGUUUUGGUUCCACCAAGCAAUCCUCUGGCUCUGACAAACCAUUUUUUGGCCCUGGGAGCGGAAUGUUUGUCGCUGGUGGCUCUUCUUUUGGGAGUGCUAGACUUUCGCACAAAGAACCUCUUACGCAUACUCAGUCCCGCAAGACAAAAACCCUGCCAUCAGGCAAGACUAUUAUCGUCAAUUUACCAUCUCCACAAAAUUACAAUUUCUCCUCAACAGGACCAAGCCAAUUGAGUGAGCAGUCAAAUGUUACCAUUGCAGCUACGAAACCCCAGAGAAGUAGAUCUGUACCGCGCGAGAACGCUGUCUCUGAUCUUGGUAUACACGUCACUGAUCGGCAAUCACGUUUGCUUGAUGCAGAGCAUCAUGAAAUAGGGAGAAGGCGAGCACUUUCGACUGGAGCAAGGAUGCCUGGAGGCUGGAUCGAAGAUGAUGACAAUACUUCAUCCGAAGACAUCAUUGAGCCCCUUGCAGAGCUAAGUCAAUUAUCCCAAGAGAAUGAUGCUGGAACAAGAUCCACACCAUCGGUGUCCGUCACAGGCCCAAGUGGGAACGAGGUCGUUGUACGAAAGCCGGAGAUUCCUACACUAGUCUCCGGGAGAGGGAUAGUUGUGCAAGAUGAUCAGAUGACUCCCCUAUUGGCCAGAGCUGAUGCUGCCACACAAACGGACGAGAAUAGAGAUGUACAAGCUCCAGACCUUCUACCUCGGCUUGACAAUAUUCGUACUCGCGUACGCACUGCAUGUCUGAGGUCACUUAUGCUGUCUAGUCGUGCUCAGUAUCUGGCGCAGCGGACGAAUCUUGCGGACUUGAAGUCUACAGCGCCGGACGUAGUAUCGACAGAGAAGACAAUAUUUCGAUUUGGAGUACCGACCAAUUCCUAG